UAUAUUUUGCUCCACGAAGUAAAAUCAUCAAGCAAUAGCAAAUUUAAGAGAGUCGGUCAGAACUCUAGAGAAUUGGCAGCAGCAAUGGCCUCAGUGCAGUUGCCCAAAACAACCGAAAAGGGCUUGAACCAAGGAUAUUAUGGUUGCAGCUCAUUCGGCCAGAAAGUGUCUGACAUGGCUAACUGGGCAUGCAAGGCUACAAGGGAGAACAAAUACCAGGGACCCCAGAAUGGCUAUGCAGUGGCUUACAGCGAAAGUGAAUGCUAUAGCCAAAUCCAACACCCCAUCCAUGGGACGAAAGAAUCCCAGACAGCUUACGCAAUGGCCGAAUUUCGGGAUGAGUAUGGCCGAUCUUAUGGCAGCCACAAGUCCCAAAAUGGCAAUGCAAUGUCCAAAACCAGGGUUCAUGGUCCUGGAAUUGGCUUCGGUAACCAUUUCAGCGACGGGAAUCAGACUAGCCCCGGAAAAGGCCAAAACCAUGGUUAUGGCUAUGGCUAUGGUUCGGCCCAUGGUAACCAGAAAAAUAGUGGAAUGGGCCAUGGCUUCAGUAAUCACACAAGCUAUGAAGCAACUGAAGCUUAUGGCUAUGGUUCAACCCAUGGUAACCACAAAAAUAGUGGAAAGGGCCAUGGCUUCAGUAAUCACGCAAACUAUGAAACAACUGAAGCUUACGGCUAUUAUGACGAAAGCAACGGCUACGGGAAUUGUGCAAACAAUGGACUGGCGCAUAGCCCAGCACACCACCGCGGCAAACACUCUGGACAGAGACAAGAGUUCAUCAAGGCCCAAGCUUACGGUCCUAGCAAAAACAUGGAUUAUGGUACCACGGAAACAGAGACACGUCAUUAUGCCAAGACCGAAACCCACUAUGCCAAUGAGUCUCACUACUACGGCGGAGGCCGUGGAUUCCCUGCUGGCAAUGGCUCUCAUUGCAUUGGGCGAGCUGGUUGUGCACCAACUUGCAACGGUAGGGAGUGCCACGCAAAGCCCAAAAACAUGGGCGACCACCCUGUCAGGGGUCUCCUAAGCAAGAUAAAGGAUGGCAUUUCGGGCAACCGCAGUGACCAUGGCAGUGGCAGCGGCAGCGGCAGCGACAGCGACAGCGACAGUGAUUGUGACGAGUAUGGGAAGAGGAAGGUCUGGGUAAGCAAAGCAAUAUGAUGAAUUCUAUACAUAAACAUGAUGGAGAUGACGGUGAGAUGAAAGCAAGAUGACGUUUCCUAAUAAAAAUGAGACUGCCAUAGCAGAAGAACAGAAUAAAGUUUCGCCAUGAGUUGAUGUUUUCAAGUUAUUAAAA